GUUCACACGAGUGUUCGUUUGUGUUUUUCGCAGCUGCUUGCUCUGUGUGAUUUAUCGGAAAUGGCGGUUAGCUAAACCGUGAAAGCUUUGGAGUUGGCUCCCAAAUUUUUGGUGGCAAACAAAAAAAUGAAAUCUGUUCAUUUCUCAAUCCACUCGGCCCCAAUUUUUUCCUUCAACCCUAACAAUCUCACUUCAUCUUCUUCUUCUUCUCAGAUCGCUCUCCUCCGCCCCUGCAAAUUCAGCUCCCUUUCUCUCCGCUCCACUUCCAAGCCCUCCCGCUUAAUCACGCUCUGCGCUCCCAAUUCCGCUAAAGCGACGUCGUCCCGGUCCGAAUCGGCUGCAGCGGAGUCCAGCAAUGAAGCUUUUAUUCAAGCUCUAAACGACACGUCGGAAAGUCAGUGGACUGUGGAGGUCGGAAACCCUAGCGUUCCGAAUCCGUCGGUGGCCAGAUUGAGCUUGAACGACCAGGCUUUCUUCCUCUUAGCCUUCAUCGCGUGCACGACUUCUGUGGCAUUUACGAGCCUUGUGAUUGCAGCUGUUCCGACGCUAUGGGCAAUGGGGAAAGCUGCAAUAUCUCUUUCAAAGCUGGCGGAUACAGCUUGUGAAGAACUCCCUAGUACUAUGGCUGCCGUUAGGCUUUCAGGCAUGGAAAUAAGUGAUCUUACGCUGGAACUGAAUGAUCUAAGUCAAGAGAUAGCUGAUGGGGUCAGCAAGUCCACUCAAGCAGUUCAAGCAGCAGAAGCUGGGAUUCGGCAGAUUGGUACACUUGCACAUCAGCAGACAAUGUCAAUGAUACAGGAGAGGGCGAAUCUUCCCAUCAUCUCUUUGCAACCUGCUGUUGUUGGAGCAGCAAAGAAGACCUCUCAUGUUGUCGGUCAAGCCACUAGGAACUUGAUCAAUAUCAUUUCUCGAAGGGACAACUCUGAGAAUGAGGAGGAUGCUGGAAUCGAUAGGUUGGAAAUUUGAGUUUGUUGCACUUGGAUCAGAACUCUAUUUUCACGGAUUUUGUGGAUAUAAUACUCGGUACUCCACUAGUUCAAACCCGAAGCCAAAUGUCUCAAAACAGUGGUGGAGAUGAACAAUAUAUACCAACGUUCGGGAGAAUAGCUUAUACUGAAAUACUGUGCCUGUUGUACACUUGUAGAGAAUAUGGACCAACCUUAAUUAUUGUAAUUGAAAUGCCCCGAAAUAAGGGGGUAAGUAGUGAAGAUACCAUGGUCUCCGAGGAAGGUCCUGAGCUCCCGUUGCAGCGGUUGUCCAAGGUAUUGAAGCUGUCAAGUGUCAAAGGAGUGAGGAAGAAGUUUCUAAAGCUCAUAUUUUCAAAUGUAAGAUCCCUGUAUUAUCUUUCCAAACUAGUAAGGUUGGCCGUUAAACGUU